GGGCUCGGUGGUGAGUCCUCGGGAAGCCGCGAGGUCCGAGUCCGGGACUCUUUGUGAUGGCUCUGCCUUCUCAGGCCCUGUUCAUCCCCAGAAAGAAGAGGAAAUGACUGAGUCCCAGGGAACAGUGACAUUCAAAGAUGUGGCUAUUGACUUCACCCAGGAAGAAUGGCAGCAGUUGGAUCCUGCUCAAAGGAACCUGUACCGGAAUGUGAUGCUAGAAAAUUAUAACAACUUAAUCACAGUGGGCUAUCCAUUCACCAAACCUGAUGUGAUUUUCAAGCUGGAACAAGAAGAAGAACCCUGGGUGGUAGAGGAAGAAGUGUUAAGGAGACACUGUCCAGGAGAAAUAUGGGGACUUGAUGAGCAUCAUAAUAUCCAGCACAGACUUUUGACACAACUUGAAGAUAAAGUCACAAAAACACUGACUGAAGGAAAAGUCAAUGAAUGGCAUAAGAAAUUUGCAAAUGCAUUUUCUCCAAACUCAGACUUUUUUCCUUCCAGUCACAAUCUCUAUGAUUGUAACUUAUUUGGAAAGUGUUUAGAACAUAAUAAUUUUGACUGUCAUAAUAAUGAAAGAAUCCUUAUAAGAAAGGGAUACUGUGAAUAUAGUGAACCUAUAAAGUCAUUUGGCAAUAGCUCAUCUCAUUUUGUAAUAACCCCCUUUAAGUGUAAUCAUUGUGGAAAAGGAUUCAGUCAAACCUUGGAUCUUAUCAGACACCUGAGAAUUCAUACUGGAGAAAAACCUUAUGAAUGUAAAAAAUGUAGAAAAGCCUUCAACCACAAGGAAAAACUUCUUAAACAUCAUAAAAUUCACAGUAGGGAGCGGUCUUAUGAGUGUAACGAAUGUGGGAAAUCUUUCAUUAAAAUGUCAAAUCUCAUUAGACAUCAAAGAAUUCAUACUGGAGAGAAACCCUAUGCAUGUAAAGAGUGUGGGAAAUCCUUCAGCCAAAAAUCAAAUCUCAUUGAUCAUGAAAAAAUUCAUACUGGAGAGAAACCUUAUGAAUGUAAUGUGUGUGGAAAAGCAUUCAGCCAGAAGCAAAGCCUCAUUGCACAUCAGAAAGUUCAUACUGGAGAAAAACCUUAUGCAUGUAAUGAAUGUGGUAAAGCGUUCCCUCGAAUUGCAUCCCUUGCCCUUCAUAUGAGAAGUCAUACAGGAGAAAAACCUUAUAAAUGUGAUAAAUGUGGAAAAGCCUUCUCUCAGUUUUCCAUGCUUAUUAUACAUGUGAGAAUUCAUACAGGUGAGAAACCCUAUGAAUGUAAAGAAUGUGGAAAAUCCUUUUCUCAAAGCUCAGCCCUUACUGUACAUAUGAGAAGUCAUACUGGUGAGAAACCCUAUGAAUGUAAGGAAUGUAGAAAAGCCUUCAGCCACAAGAAAAACUUCAUUACACACCAAAAGAUUCAUACUAGAGAGAAACCUUAUGAAUGUAAUGAAUGUGGAAAAGCAUUCAUUCAGAUGUCAAAUCUCAUUAGACACCAGAGAAUUCACACUGGAGAAAAACCCUAUAUAUGUAAGGAAUGUGGCAAAGCCUUUAGCCAGAAAUCAAAUCUCAUUGCUCAUGAAAAAAUUCAUUCUGGAGAGAAACCCUAUGAAUGUAAUGAAUGUGGUAAAGCCUUCAGCCAAAAGCAAAAUUUUAUUACACAUCAGAAAGUUCACACUGGAGAGAAACCAUACGAUUGUAAUAAAUGUGGUAAAGCCUUCUCUCAGAUUGCAUCCCUUACGCUUCAUCUGAGAAGUCACACAGGGGAAAAGCCUUACGAAUGUGAUAAAUGUGGGAAAGCCUUCUCUCAGUGCUCAUUGCUUAAUUUGCAUAUGAGAAGUCAUACAGGUGAGAAGCCCUAUGUGUGUAAUGAAUGUGGAAAAGCUUUCUCUCAAAGAACCUCCCUUAUUGUACACAUGAGAGGUCAUACAGGUGAAAAACCCUAUGAAUGUAAUAAAUGCGGAAAAGCCUUCUCCCAAAGUUCAUCCCUUACUAUACAUAUACGAGGUCAUACAGGUGAGAAACCCUUUGACUGUAGUAAAUGUGGAAAAGCCUUCUCUCAGAUCUCAUCACUUACGCUUCAUAUGAGAAAACAUACAGGUAAAAGCCUUAUCAUUGUAAUGAGUGUGGUAAAGCUUUCAGCCAAAAGUCACACCUUGUUAGACAUCAGAGAAUUCAUACUCAUUAGAAAUAGAAACACUAUGAAUAUUUGAAUAUGGAAAAGACUUCAGUAGGUAUUAACACCUCCUUGCACAUUACAUAAUUGGUUCUAGAGUGGAAAUCUUAAUGCGAGAAAGCCUAUUGAAGAAGUCACAUUUACGGAACAAUUCUUACCAAGGUUACAAAUUGUAUAAUGAAAAAGCUUAUCAUCAAAAACCUUUAGACAUCUAUUGAUAAUAUUCUCCCUAAAACUAGAAAUAAGAUAUCUGCUUAUCAACAUGAUAUUUGAGCUCCUAGCCAAUGGAUUAGCAAAAAAAGGAAGAUUGGGAAAAAAGAGAAACUAUAAAAAUAGCCUUUUUUAUGAGAAAUAAUUAGAAAGUGUGUUGAUAUGAAAUAUCUCAGAAUAAACAAGGCAUUAUAUAUAGUUAUAAAACAUUUCAAAGGACACAAAAAAACACCUUAAAAUUUAGAAAAAUAACACUCUGAAAAGACUUAACAUUAUAAAAUAUAUAAAUUGUUUCUCAAAUCUCUAAGUUUAUAAAGUACUUCAACUCAGCAUUCACCAGUUAGUUAUACUUUAAGAAUUUCAAACUGAUUCAAAAUUUUAUAUUUUAAUGUAAAUGACUACACAUGGUUGAAGAAAAUGUGAAAAGUAAAACAAAGACAGUCACUAGAUAUCACAUACUUAAAGCUGGUGUAAUUUAAACAGUGUGUUCUUCAUGAGUAAACAAAUCAGUGGAAACAAAUCGAGGAUUGUAGGAAAGAGAAGUGGGAAUUUUGUAUAUGAUAGUGCUAUGGAAAUAAUUGAAGAAAAGAUAGCCUAUUCAAUAAAUGGAAGACAUAUUAAUGAAAAAUUAUAUACAUAUAUACAUAUAUAAAUUAAAAUCCAAGUAGAUUGAAGAACAGAAUAUAAAAAGCAAAUUCUUAAACUAUAACGAAAUAUUUUAGAGUAACAGGAUUUCUUUAAAAACAAAUAUGGAAUAAUCAAUUCUAUUUUGGUUUAUUGGUUUCAGAGGCACCCACACAUGUCCACAAAGAUAUGUCUGUCUACUAUGUCUAGGAUGUUCACUGCAUCAUGGUUUGUAUUACUCUAAAUUAGAUAUAAAUUUCUAUUAGUAGAGGGGUAAAUCCAUAUGAUGUGAUUAUUUCUGUGAUAGAGUACAGUAUUUAGCAAAUACAAAUUUGACAUAGAGAUACAGGGAUAGAGCACAGUAUAUAAUAAGUAAAAAGUACAAUAAAAUAUAUUUGUGUAAAUAUUAUAAAAUAAUGCAAAGAACAGUACUUCGUUUACCAUGGAUCCAUAUAUGACCAUGGGUCCCACUUUCAGGAAGUGAAAAAGGUUUGGAGGGAGUAGUUAUAUUUAUCUGUAAUAUUUCUUAAAGAAUGAAACAAAUAUGACAGGUACCAUCUGGUUGUAAAAAUUAUGUUGCUUUUUGGGGGAUAUUCUUUUUUGCCUUUCUUUAUUACCCAUUUCUCUAAAAAAGAAUCAAAUGGGUUCAAGAAACCUAGACCUAUAGAAACCAGUUUUAAAUGGAUUCUUAUUUUUUAUUAGAUACUAACACUUACAGAAAAUUUUCUUUGCUAUUACACAAACCAAACCUGAAUUAAAAUGCUUUGCUUACCAUGUCCUUAUAAUGUUAGGGUAAUAAAAAUCAGUAUCUAACAUUUGUUUGAGGCCAUUUUUUUUUUUAAUUUUAAUUUUUAUUACAAACAAGUAUUUUUCUAGUUGAAAGUAGUAAAGAAACAAAAAUAAUUCAGUUGUUGGGAUAACUGAUUCUACAUUUGGGUGAAAAAAAUCUACAUUUGGGUUGGUUUCGGAUUGAGAGGAAGAGAUCAUUUGUGCAUACUAUAAAAAGUGAUUCUAACAUGUCAAGCCAAGGAUAGUUACCAACAUAAGAGUAGAAGCGAUUUUAAUGUACCUCAACAAAGGUUUCUUUGGAUUCUGGAUCUUUAAGUGGGGAUGCAGGUGCUGGCAAUUUAAAUGUGUCAUGUAAGGACUCAGUGGAUGUGAAAGGUCACUUCCUGUACCACAGCUGUUCUACAAUGAGGCCUUUCAAGUAUUUUUGGUACUCAGAUUUCCUUGUCUAUGAAUAGUCCAUUUAUAUGUUUUGUCUAUUUUUUUCUACUGGGACUUCCAAAAAAUGUUUUUAUUUAGAAAUAGAUUUAUAGAAAGCUGUAGAAGUAACACCAUAUAGUACUAUUUAGUUUGUGUACCUUACAACCAGUUUUCCCUAAUGGUAAUAUCUUGCAUUACUAUAGUACAGUAUCGAAUUUGACACUGGUACAAUCCACAGAACUUACUAUAUUUCACUGGUUUUACAUGCACUUGUGUAUGUGUGGCUAUACAAUUUUAUCUCGUGUAAAUUUGUGUAACUACCACCACAUCAAGAUAAAGAACUUGCAGUGUCACAGAGAUCCCUUAUUCUAUCCCUUUGUAGUUGUCUCCAUUCUUUCACUGCCUGCUCCCCACUCCUAAACCCUGGCAACCAUUAACCUAUUCUCUAUAAUUUUGUCAUACAAAGAGUGUUUUAUAAAUGGAAUCAUACGCUAUAGAACCUUUUGAGAUUGGCUUUUUUUCACUCGACAUAAUUCCCUUGAGAUCAAUCCCAGUUUUUCAGGUACAAUAAUUUAUUCCUUUGGGGUGGGGGGUGUUUUCCAAGUAAAGAUAUACCACGAUUUCUUUAAUCAUUCAGCCAUUGAAUGACAUUUGUGUUGUUUCCAACUUUUGGUUAUUACAAAUAAAACUGCUAUGAACAUUUGCCAUCUUA